AUGGUAGCGAUCAAGUCGCUCGCGCUUAUUUUAGCCACCUAUGGCGCUGCUGCUCUCGUUAACGCUGGCAUGCCUGGCAACGACAGCUGGGCUGAAGCAUACGAGAAAGCCGCUGCGCUUGUUGGCAAUAUGACGUUGGAGGAAAAGGUCCAACUCACUGGUGGAGUUGAAGGGGAACAGAACGGUUGUGUGGGAGCCGUCGCUCCCAUUCCACGACUUGGCUUCCCCGGCAUGUGUCUAAGCGACUCGGGAAAUGGCGUUCGUGCUUCUUGCAGCUGGAACAAGGACCUCGCAUACCAGCGUGGCGUGGCCAUGGGCGCUGAGUUUAGAAAGAAAGGUGCCAACAUAGCGCUGGGCCCCAUGGUCGGCCCAGUCGGGCGUACUGUCAAAGGUGGCCGCAAUUGGGAGGGCUUCACGGUUGACCCUUACCUCUCAGGGGCGCUGGUUAGGGAAAGCGUUAUUGGGAUCCAGGAACAGGGAGUUAUGGCCUCCACAAAGCACUACAUCGCAAACGAACAAGAGACCGACAGAACCCCCGACGAAGGGAGGCUGGCCAUCUCGGCAAACGUUGAUGACAAGACCAUGCACGAGUUGUAUCUCUGGGCAUUCCAAGACGCUGUCAAAGCAGGCUCAGCGACCAUCAUGUGCGCUUACAACCGCAUCAACAGCACCAACGCCUGUGGCAACGACAGGACCCUCAAUGGGCUCCUAAAGACUGAGCUUGGAUUCCAGGGUUUUGUCGUCUCGGACUGGGGCGCGCAGCAUAGUGGUGUCACCGAUGCUCUCGCAGGCUUGGAUAUGGGAAUGCCUGACACGGAGGGUUUCUGGGGUAAACUUCUCGUUCAGGCCGUCAACAAUGGCUCGGUUCCAGAGGACAGGGUGACAGACAUGGCGACGAGAAUCAUCGCAGCGUGGUACCAGGUCCAUCAGGACAAGGACUUUCCAACCCCGGGAAUCGGAAUGCCAGUCGAUGUCCUCCAAAAUCACACCGCUGUGGAUGCUCGCGAUCCCGCAGCUACAGCCGUCCUCCUCCAGGGAGCAGUCGAAGGCCAUGUCCUCGUCAAGAACGACAAGCAGACUCUGCCCUUCAACCAGUCGCUCCAAAAGCUCUCCAUAUUUGGAUACUCGGCCAACACGCCGCCGCUCGCAUACCCGACCGAGGGAGAUACUCUUGCUACCUGGCUAUUUGGCCAGGCUCCCAUAUGGGGCGUUGAUGUAUACUCAAGCGUGAUCGGGCCCCUCGGGACACUUUGGGGCGGCGGCGAAUCUGGGGCCAUCACGCCUUCAGUCUUUGUCUCGCCACAGGAUGCCCUCGUUGCCAAAGCAGCCCAGGCCGGAUUCACAUUAAAGCAGGACCUAACGUCGGCGAAGCCUGUUGUGGAUGCCGACUCUUCUGCUUGCAUCGUCUUUGGCAACGCCUGGUCCUCUGAAGGUUAUGACCGCCCGGGCCUCGCAGACAACUACACCGAUACCAUGAUCAACACUGUCGCAGACCAGUGUUCCAGGACCAUCGUGGUGCUCCAUAAUGCGGGAGUGAGGCUUGUCGAUGGCUUCGUCAACCACCCCAACGUCACCGCCAUCAUCUUUGCCCACCUUCCCGGCCGAGAGAGCGGCUCAGCACUCGUCUCCCUCCUUUGGGGCGACUCUAACCCUUCGGGUAAGCUGGUCUACACAGUGGCGAAGCAGGAUGAGGACUACGGGCCACUCCUCAACCCUGUUUCCAACAUUAGCAACCCGGAUCCUCAGGCAGACUUUACAGAGGGUGUUUACCUGGACUACAAGUACUUUGAGAAACACCGCAUCGAGCCUCGGUACGAGUUUGGCUUCGGACUGAGCUACACCAGUUACGACUACUCUCACAUCACAAUCCAGAGCCCCAGUGCCAGCGCAGCUAAUGAGUAUCCUACCGGACCUAUCGUUAGUGGCGGUCAGGCAGACCUUUGGGACCACAUCGCUACCGUUACCGCCAAAAUUGGCAAUAAAGGGAGCGUUGAUGGUGCUGAGGCGGCCCAGCUGUACGUGCGCUUUCCCGGAAUGGACGCGAAGCAGCUUCGUGGCUUUGAGAAGCCGUACCUCAAGGCUGGAGAAGAGACGGUCGUGUUGUUCGAUUUGACCAGGAGGGAUCUUAGCGUUUGGGACACUGUCGCGCAGAAGUGGAAGCUGGAGAGAGGGCGCUAUGAGGUGUAUGUUGGGCGAAGCAGCUCGAAUCUGCCGCUAAAGACGUACCUGACCAUUUAG